AUGCCUCAGAAGCUUUUGCUCGCGCUGUUGGUAGCUUCGCGUAAGCUACGGCACUAUUUUCAAGGUCACCCCAUCAAGGUCAUCUCGGCCUAUCCAUUGGAAAGGGUACUCAGGAGCCCCAACUCCGCUGGAAGGCUCGUCGAAUGGAACAUUGAGCUGCAAGCGUUUCAGUUGGAAUUCAGCACAACCAGGGUCGUCAAGGGAACCGCACUCGCAAAUUCUGUGGCGGAAUGGACAGAGGCACCAGGGCUCGAAGCAGGCGAGGAUCGGUCGCUUUCCCGAGGAAGUGAGGCACCAGAUGGCUGGGUCAUGUACUUCGACGGAGCAUUCUCGCGACAUGGCGCGGGGGCUGGCGCAGUGCUUGUAUCCCCCACUAUGGACAAGCUCUAUUACGCCAUGCAACUCUGUUUCCAGCAUGGCGAGAAGGUCUCCAACAACAUAGCAGAAUACGAGGGCCUCAUAGCAGGCUUGAAAGCUGCAGCAGCGCUGGGGCUUCAGCUUAUCGCGCUGAAGUUCGAGCUGCGCCUUCUCAUCCAUAAGACGUGCAAUGGUGGCUUUGAUCUCCUCGUCCAACUUCGUGGCUAUCUCCACGAGAUCCUCGAGCAUGUUCUUCACCUGGACAAAGCAGAAGGUGUCAUAUUGAUGGCAGGACGCACCCUCAUCAACAUUAGGAUGAAGAUCACCACAAUGAUCCAUGUUUCACAACUAAAUCAAGUAGCUGAAAGAAAGAAAAAAUGA